AUGAGCACUGGCAGCAUCGGCACUUUGCUUUAUAACACGCCGCAUCAGUUCCCUGGUAUCUUCAUCAUUGGAAAGAUUUUCUUUCUACUCGACAUCAUCACCUACUCCGCAAUAUGGGCUUCUCUUCUCAUACGCUUCUCUCACCACCGACACGCCUUCAAAGAAACAUUCACCGACCCAGAAGAAGCCUAUCUUAUUCCAACUGCGGCUUUAGGUUUCGCAACUAUUCUUUUCAACAUUGAGCUUUACGGGGUACCUGCCUGUGGAGAUUGGCUACGAUAUGUGCAAUUGGUCCUCUUUUGGAUCUAUGUGGCUAUUUCAAUCCUCCUCGCCGUUGGCCUCAACUGGCACUUAUACCACACACGCAUGGCCACCCGUCAGCCAUUUUGGCUUGUCCGGCUACUACCGUCCUUCCCGGCUAUGCUUGCUGGAACCACUGCUUCACUAUUGGCUGGUGGACAACCGACACAUUUUUGCAUUCCAAUGAUUAUCGCGGGGACAGCUCUGCAGGGCUUCGGCUUCAUGAUUUCCCUUUUCAUCUUAGCUGAAUACUUCCAUGGGCUGCAUUAUGAUGGUAUUCCACCUAUGCGUCGCCGGCCCCAAAUGUUCAUUGCUAUUGGUCCACCGGCCUUUACUGCCGUUGCACUGAUGGGGAUGUCAGAAAUCGCUGUGGAAAAGUUUCCUCCUUUUUACAUUCCGUUAGCCUCGCAUGUCAACACUGCAGAUGUUCUGCUCAUCUUGACCGUUUUCCUCUCAAUAUUCCUAUGGAUCUUUUCAUUCUUCCUCUGGAUGAUUGGGUGGCUUAGUAUCUUUGCCGCCCACAAAGAAUGGAAAUUUGACAUCACUUGGUGGGCGACGGUGUUUCCUAACACCGGGCUUGCAUUGGCGACAAUCAAGAUCGGAGACUUCUUGACCUCAGAGCCGAUUAGAUGGGUGGGUAGUGCAGCCACGAUUAUUCAAGUUGGUCUGUGGCUAGGCUGUGCUAGCUCACAUGUAUGGGCAUAUUUCACUCACCGCACGCUCUGGCCCGGGAUGGAUGAGGGAUUCGGACCAGAUGAGCACAUCGACCAUGCGCUUGAUUUGGAGGGUGAGGUACAACCUUAUAAGACCUCUUCAUACUGA